UUCAAUUCUUCUGAUUGUAAAUAAAAAAUGUCGAUCUGAAAGGAACGAAACGAAAUCCCCUCCCAGUGGUGUUUAUAAUGGUAAGUUGUGUCGCGUAAUGCAAACGUAUUCGUGCGAAACAAGUUUGUGCAUAGCUAGUAUCCACCCAGCGCUGGUGUUGUAGUGCACACAACCACGAUGAGCGCUUCCGAGGGCCACUGGGAACCCUUAGCCGAGAUUUACCUGUCGCAUCCAUUGGUGAAGGAUAAGAAGAAAAGCAUUUAUUGCCUAUGCAGCCGUGUAUUCAUCAAGAAUUAUUACGAUGUGUACGUGUCCACCUUGGAACGAGGUGAUUCCGUGCCCUUGAUAACAUCGAUGGAUCCCAUAACACAAGCAGAGCAAGGCAAUGCUUCAUCAGCAAUAAAAUCGGUGGAAGCGAAGAGUGCGGAAGGCGCUGUAGUCGCAGCUGCACAGCAGCCAGCUGGGGGUGGUGGUGACGAAAUAUUAGAUGUGCUGGACCGUGCCGAAGUGGACGAUGUGUUCAUUGAGGAACCUUUGGUUAAGCAGCUAAGCUUUGGACGAGAUGGUGCACGUAAACUGACGUCCAAAUGGGGCGAUCGCGAUCCGGGGACGACCAGUGACGCCAGUUGCUACUUCAGUGCUAGUGCAAGCCACUCCGAUACGAACUACUGUAGCACGGAUGAGCAUGAGCAUGUGCUCUAUGCUUCAGGGGGUGGAUCGCAGAACAUUGUGGCAGGGUUGACGACAGGCAACAGCAGCGUAAGAAACAUUGUCACAUGCGGGUUGCAUUCCAGUGAUAGUGGAGCAGACCUUUCGGAACGCAUCCAUGAACGGAAACUGUCUCUCAAAGAUGAAUUACUCGAACGCAGCAAAACGAACGCAGAAGACGGCGAGCAUGGCCGUGGAAGCGGCGGGCCUAUCCCUUCGCUUGCGUCAAUGGAACGGAACAACAGUCUUCCAGAAGCGUUCGGGCGGGAAGAUUUACACGAAGCAUGGGAAACGUACUGGAACAAGCACGGCGAAGCAAUAAUCUGGGCGUCGUGGAUUGAAAAGUACAGCGACUACAUCAAUCCGGAGUAUUUAGAGCCGGGAGAUCAGGGCCAGGCCACCGGUACCAAUACGCCGCACGAUAAAAGUGAAGCAACACCCGGCACGGCCACCGAAGUAGAUAAAGAUUUUUCUUUCGAUAACGAUGCAAUCACGGCUGCCAGUGCCAUGGAAAUAGUGGUGUCCGCCUGUUCCCCUCAUCCUUACACAAAAUCAACGUACCAAAUGGCACAUUGGUCGCUACCUUUUGGUGAAGGUGCGGGUGGCAGCGGAAGCGGUAUCGGGGAUGACGCACUUUGGAGCACCCACCGCUCGGGUAGCUGCGAAAAUGAAGCUCUCUUAAGCCCACGUUGUGAUUCGGUUACCUCAAGCAUACCGCUUACGGUGGGCACCACGGACUCCAUGACCAAUGUCACGCGGAUGACAAUUUCCAGUUACGAUUUUUGCAGCUCGAAGGUUAGCUCGGAAAGCUCGAACCUGUCCGAAAGUCUUAGCUCGGAAAUUUCCAACGAAAGCUCGAACAGCUCCGACAUGCUCGAAACGGAAUACUUGGUCGGGGCGAAUCGAGCGACCGGUGCCACGUUACCACCAGACGAAGAGGCUGCGAUGGAUGGGGAGCAGUACUGGCAAAUCUUAUGGCAACAGCACUUCCAAGAGCUGUAUGCCAAGCAGUAUCAUCACUUUAUGGCCGAACACGCACACGACGAAGCGAAUACGGGUUGCGGCGAGCGAAACAGCAGCUCAAAGUACUAUAAACGAAAACGCAACAGCAAUAAUGGUGCAUGCAGAGGCGAUGCACAUUCCUACCAGCUACCACAGCCAGAGCUGCAGCUGCCGGAAAUGGUGGCGGAAAUGCGCUUAUCCCAGGCCGAGACUGCGAGUGAGCCCAAGGAUGGGAACGACGAGACGAGCAAUAAGGAAAAGAGCGAUGGAAAGACUGUGGAAUCAGCCGAAGAUCUGUCGGCGGUGCUGCAGUCGUACGGUUUGCCGACGGCAUUCGGAAAGCAAACGCAGCAACCGGCCGGAGAUGGGGGUGAAGAUAGACCUCCAAAUGAAAAGCCCAUCAAUCUGAAACGUAGCCACGAGAGUGACAACGAAGAAACGCCGAAAGAACGCUUGAAAGCUGCAUUCGAGCUGAUGGGGUACUGCUUUUCGGACCCGGCGAAUGAGACCGAAUCGAUCAUAAAUAUCUCCGGAGAGGUUGUGUAUCGCAAAAAGCACAUUCGCCUGCACAAUCGGGUGCUGAAAAUGAAACACCACAAACCCAAGCACUCAUACUUCGAUGACGAAGGCAACGAGCUCCAGACUGCUAGCGGUGGCGAUAAGACGGAUGCUGCCACCUCGGCAGAUGUACUGCUGCUACACUCUUCCUCCGACGACGAUGAAGCUAAUCCGGGAGCGGUGGGCAGAGCGAGUGUACGAUCGAGUACAAUCCUGGAGAUGAAUCAACUACCACCGGCUGUCGUUGGGAAGGAAGUGGACUCGCUGGAAAGUGGCGACGGUACCGAGAAUGUGUUGGAAACGCCAGGAAUCGCGUCCAGCGAAAGUGGAUGCAACGUUCCGACCAGCACGACGAAGAAGGAGAAGAAAAAGAAGCGCAAAACGAAAUUUGUCGCCAGUCUGCCAGCAGACAUUGCCAACGAUAGAUCGCUGCUAAAGUAUUGGUACAAGCGGUUUUCGCUGUUCUCGCUGUUCGACGCUGGCAUCAAGCUUGAUCGGGAGUCGUGGUUCUCGGUUACCCCGGAGAAGGUGGCAGCACACACGGCCGAACGGUGCCGCUCGGACCUUAUCAUCGAUGCGUUCUGUGGUUGCGGUGGAAACACGAUACAGUUUGCUUUUAGCUGUCAAAAGGUAAUCGCGAUCGAUAUUGACCCGCGAAAGAUAGAGAUGGCCAAGCACAAUGCGGCGGUGUACGGUGUGGCCGAUCGAAUAGAGUUCAUCGUCGGAGACUUCAUGCAGCUGGUGGAUCGGUUACAGGCCGAUGUUGUGUUCCUAUCACCACCGUGGGGCGGUCCAGGCUAUCUGAAGGAUGAAGUGUACAAUCUGGAGCAAUCGCUGCUGCCCGUACCGGCUACGCAGCUGAUGGAAGCGGCUCAACGUGUGAGUAAAAACAUAGCCCUCUACUUGCCGCGCAAUUCGAACACGCAGCAGCUGACGAUGCUGGCCGGUCCAAACGGAGCAGUGGAAAUCGAGCAGAAUUUCCUCGACCGAAAGCUGAUUGCGCUGACCGCAUACUACGGAGAUUUGAUCAACCAAUAGAUUACGGCUUUGGCUUCCAUUAUGCAUUUGCUGUUGACGUGUGCGCUUCGUACUGAUGAUAUGCGCCAGAAACACCAAGCAGAAACGCCGCCGACAUGUGCUGUAAAGCGUAGCAUUGUAUCUGCAUUCCGCCAUUUUCAAACCCUUACCGUUGAUGUUUACAUUUCGUUCAAAAAUAACUGUAGUGUAGCGUAUCGCACAAAUGCUAAUUAUUUGAUUCUUCAAUUCUUAUCGCAAAAACAAAGUCUCGAUAAACCCGAUGGCAGGUGAAAUAGUUUCAAAACCCGAAUAGUUUUAAAAUUCUUAUUUUAGCAAUUGAUGCAGCCGAAGAUCAGUUUUAACACCAGUGUGUUGUCUUGAACCGCGUGUUUUUUAGAUUUAUGUGGCUGGAAGAUAUGUAUACAUUUUGCGUUCCAAAUGCUUAGUUUGUGAUGUCGCAAAAUGCUAGCCUAUUUUCGUUAGGACAAUCUUGAGCAUAGGUGACUUGACAAACUACUAGGUACUUACACUAUCGAUAGAAAGGUUUAGAAGGAUUGCGUUUGCUUUCAUUAGGAUGAAGUGUUAGGUAAGAUGGUUGUGUUCGUUUCUACACCUUCCUUCGUAAGUUAGGAAAGCAUAUUCUUAGAUAAAUUCAGUUUUGCGUGUGUUGUUCAUGACUUUCUGUUUACGCCACUGCGAGGAGUGAAUGAUUAAAGUAAAGAAAUAAUAAUAUUAAAUAAAUGGGCAAACCUAGAGGAACUUACAGAAAUUUAACACUAUUAAUAAUAAAAACAUACUUUAUUUGAAA